CUCCGUUUCAAAGGAAAGUAGGAGGGGCGUUGACGAACGCAACAGACAGACAGGUGAGUUUCGGAAGAAAGAGAGCCGAUUCAUUCGGCUGAAGGCGGAGGAAGGAGAUCUUCUUCUCUGUGACUGUACUAGGGUUUCCAAAAACUAGGGCUUUCGUCAUCCGCCCUCUUCAGUUUCCAAUCCGUGCAGUCGCAGGGAGACUCUGUUUUUCCGGAAGCAAAACGCAGGAAAAAGAGAGCAAAAGCUCGGGUUUUGAAUGAGAGGCGAGUGUCAUAGGCUCAGAAAUUGAUUUGGGAAUUACGGUUUUGAAAUUCGAUUGCGUGGAGGAAAGAGGGUAGUCGGAAAUGGCUUACAGAAGAAGGCAGCAGGUUUCGUCGUCGUCAUCGACAUCAAGCACGAGCUUUCGAUUUGAAGAAGAGGAAGAUAAAUCUCGGUACCCGCUACCUUUGCUGCAGUCCGACGAUUCGCUUGCGGCCAAAGCUAUUCGAGCCUCGUCGGCGCAUCGCGACUCCUCUCUCUCCUCCGCUUACGCUGCUCGCGGUGCCCAGGCUCCUGUCAACUCCUCCUCCCCAACGUCCUCAUUGCCUUCCCGAUAUUCCAACCCCUCCACUACUGCAUCCUCUUCUCCGUCCUCCAAGUCGCAUGAGUAUACUUCAUUCAAGAAUGUGAAUGAAUCCAAACAUGGGUUUUGGGGUGUUCUUGCUAGAAAAGCCAAAGCCAUUCUCGACGACGACGAUAAUGGGGCUCAAGAUUAUGAUUCACCCCGAACAACAAGGGUGGACAUGCCAUCUACACCUACAAGGGGUAAGUAUCCUGAACCAAACCAAUUUGUUGAGAGCCGCGGAAAGACAGAGAAUCCCCCAUUACAGAAGGGAUUGGGUGCAUUUACAUCAUCACUUAGUUACAUUAGUGGCACCAUUGGGAAUGCUUUGGAGGAGGGUCGUACGAUUGUUGAGAAGGGGACUGCAGACAUUAUUCAAGAGACUCGUAAGCAUAUCAGGAAAAAGCCUAGUGAUUCUGUGCAAAAAUCACAACCUCAGACGCAAGCUGACCUCGAACUCCAAUUGAAGGCAUCUCGCGACGUUGCAAUGGCAAUGGCUGCCAAAGCAAAACUUCUUCUUCGGGAGUUGAAGACUGUCAAAGCAGAUUUUGCUUUUGCGAAGGAGCGAUGUGCUCAGCUGGAGGAAGAAAACAAAAUCCUUCGGGAGAAUCGUGAAAGGGGAGACAACCCUGAAGAUGAUGAUAUGAUAAGACUGCAAUUGGAAACCCUGUUGGCAGAAAAGGCUAGAUUGGCACACGAAAAUUCAGUAUAUGCACGUGAAAACCGUUUCCUAAGGGAGGUUGUCGAAUAUCACCAACUCACUAUGCAGGAUGUUGUAUACUUGGAUGAGGGAAAUGAAGAAGUCACCGAAGUUUAUCCCAUCAAGGUCAUCCCUCCUUAUCCUUCACAGCCAUCAGAAGUCCAGGGAGCUUCCCAAAAUACUUCCCAAUGAUGGAAAAUGGCACCGAAUAACGCUGAAUCUUUUCCUCUUUGAUUGGCAAGGGGAUAUGUACUUUCAACAAAGGCUUAAAUUUGUAGCAAUAUUAUCUGUUGUUUGUAAUAUACUUUUUGCCAUGUAUAAUCGGUCCUCCCAAUCGCUUGGCCUGUAUGUGAUGUAGUUCAUGUGUUGUGAGUUUUAAGCUUUCAAGCUUGUGAUUCCACAACGUUAAUUUAUUAGUGCUUGGGAGUUGAAUUA